UUCCAAAAUGCAUAACCACUUCAUCAUCACAUUUCUAAUCAUGUUCUUCCUCUACAAACCCUCAGCCGCUUUGCGCGACGGGCUCCAUGGCGGAUGGAAGCCGAUUCCGGACGUCACCGACCCUACGGUGGUCAGUAUCGGUGAGUUUGCCAUCGAUGAGCACAACAAGGAAUCCCAUGACUCUCUCAAAUUUUCAAACGUCAUUAAAGGAGAGGAACAAGUGGUGCAAGGAACGAAUUACAACCUGACGAUCACGGCAGCGUACGGUGGUGCUGAGAAGAAUUAUGUUGCUCUUGUUUGGGACAUACCGUGGCAGAAGUUCAGGAAGCUGGUGUCGUUUAAUGGACCUGUUUGAUGUUGAAUUUGCAUGUUUUUGUUUUCUAUAUUUAUUUGCAAUAUGUAACUGUUGCUGGUGAUUGGAAUUAUAUUUAUAAUUAAAAAAAGAGAUUAUAUGAUA